GGUGGCGGAAACCGGAAAGGCAAGAGUAAGAAAUGGCGCCAGAUGCUGCAGUUCCCCCACAUCAGCCUCUGCGAGGAUCUUCGACAAACCCUCGAGCGGGACUACCACAGCCUAUGUGAGAAGCAGCCCAUUGGGCACAUGCUCUUUCGGCAGUUCUGCGAGACACGACCUGAGCUGUCACGCUGCGUCAAGUUCCUGGAUGCCGUGGCAGGGUACGAAGUGGCUCCAGAUGAGAAGCGGAAGGAAUGUGGGCAGCACCUGAUUGAAAAGUACUUGAAGCCAAACAGUGAGGACCAUGUGCCUGAAGUCCCCUCGCAGCUGGUGGAUGCCUGUUGUGAGAGGCUGGAGCAGGAACCUUCCAAGGAGCUCUUCAAGGAAUCCACGAAGCUUAUCCACGACUACCUGAGUGUGGCUCCCUUUGCCGACUACCUCGACAGCUUGUACUUCAACCGCUUCCUGCAGUGGAAAUGGCUGGAACGGCAGCCAGUGACCAAAAACACUUUCCGCCAGUACCGUGUGCUGGGCAAGGGCGGUUUUGGGGAGGUUUGUGCCUGCCAAGUGCGUGCCACGGGGAAGAUGUAUGCCUGCAAGAAGCUGGAGAAGAAACGGAUCAAAAAGCGGAAAGGAGAGGCCAUGGCCCUGAAUGAGAAACAGAUCCUGGAAAAAGUGAACAGUAGGUUUGUAGUGAGCUUAGCCUAUGCAUAUGAAACUAAAGAUGCUCUCUGCCUAGUGCUGACCCUCAUGAAUGGAGGGGACCUCAAGUUCCAUAUCUACCACAUGGGAGAGGCUGGCUUCGAGGAGCCCCGCGCAGCUUUCUAUGCUGCUGAGAUCUGCUGUGGCCUCGAGGACUUGCACCAGGAGAGGAUAGUGUACAGGGACCUGAAGCCAGAGAACAUAUUGUUGGAUGACCACGGUCACAUCCGUAUCUCAGACCUGGGGCUAGCUGUGCACGUGCCGGAGGGCCAAACAAUCAAGGGCCGGGUGGGAACAGUUGGCUACAUGGCUCCAGAGGUGGUGAAGAAUGAGCGCUACACGUUCAGCCCAGACUGGUGGGCUCUGGGCUGCCUGGUGUAUGAGAUGAUCGAGGGACAGUCCCCCUUCCAGCAGCGUAAGAAGAAGAUCAAGCGGGAGGAGGUGGAGCGGUUGGUGAAAGAAGUGCAGGAGGAGUACUCAGAGAAGUUCUCGCCUUGUGCCCGCUCCCUCUGCACUAUGCUCCUGUGCAAAGACCCUCUGGAGCGCCUGGGGUGCCGAGGAGCUGGGGCCAAGGAAGUGAAGGAGCAUCCUCUCUUCAAGCAUCUCAACUUCAGGAGGCUGGAAGCAGGCAUGCUGGACCCCCCCUUCAAGCCAGAUCCCCAGGCCAUCUACUGCAAGGAUGUUCUGGACAUCGAGCAGUUCUCCACAGUGAAAGGGGUGGAGCUGGAGCCCACGGACAAUGACUUCUAUGAGAAGUUUGCUACCGGAAGCGUGCCCAUUCCUUGGCAGAAUGAGAUGAUCGAGACAGAGUGUUUUAAGGAGCUGAAUGUCUUCAGGACAGACGGCACGGUGCCUCCAGACUUGGACUGGAAAGGGCAGCCUUCUCCACAGCCCAAAAAAGGGUUACUCCAGCGCUUAUUCAGCAGACAGGACUGUUGUGGAAACUGCAGUGACAGCGAGGAAGAGCCCACCCGGCUGUAG